GUGCGCUGUGUGAUGUAGCGUAGUUGAGUGGUAGUCCUCGGGUUGUCGAUGCUGCGCGAGCGUGUACGUAACGUUCCUCCCUCUCUCAGUCCGUUUCACGGAUAGCGAAUGCGCUAUCGUCCCGCGACGUGACGGUGCGAUGAUCGUUUCCGCGGUCCACGACGAGUGAUUCAGUGCCCGAUCCUACGGCCACUCCGACACGGGGGAUAUCACUUUCGGUACGGCCACACCACCACCGCUGGAACCAUGACGGUUACGCGUGCUACCGAACGCGUCAUCGUGCAGGAAACGCAGCGCUUUUGAGACGAACGUAAGGACUCUGAGAUGGCCGCGAAAACGGACGACACAGCGUCUAUCGACAAUCCCAACGAUGGAGAGAGUCUAGACAAGGAGAUAUUAACAAUUGGUGGUAACGAUGGAGGAAGGAUUCCGCCGUCGUAUCUGUACAAUACGGGAUCAGAGCAGAGCACGGGAAUCUCGGAUCAGGAACAAGCCGCUCGAAAUCGCACUCCAGCCACGGAGGAUCAAUUAGGUCCGUUACCACCUAAUUGGGAGAAGGCGUAUACGGACACGGGAGAAGUUUAUUUCAUAGAGGUUUGUGAACCGUAUUACAGCCACAAUACGGGCACGUCUCACUGGCUGGACCCACGUCUGUCGAAAUUUCAAAAAAGAUCCCUGGAAGAAUGCCUCGACGAUGAGUUACCCUACGGUUGGGAGAAAAUCGACGAUACUCUGUACGGGACGUAUUUCAUCGAUCACGUGAAUCGCAGGACUCAAUAUGAAAAUCCGGUGUUGCAAGCGAAAAGAGCGCAACAGAACUUGCUUGAGAGGAAGAGUCCUAACUUCACCAGAAAUCCCGACAAACUGAAGGGUCAGAGGAUACGAACUACCUUAAUAAAGAGUUCACGGGGCCUGGGAUUCACCAUUGUUGGUGGUGACGAUACCGUGGAAGAAUUCCUCCAAAUUAAAAGCGUCGUGCCAAAUGGUCCAGCCUGGCUGGAUGGGAAACUACAAACCGGGGAUGUGUUAGUAUACGUUAAUGAUACCUGCGUGCUAGGAUUCACGCAUAAUGAAAUGGUAAAUGUAUUCAAGUCGAUUGGUAGCGGCGAGACGGUAUCUUUGGAAGUGUGUCGAGGUUACCCAUUGCCUUUCGAUCCUAAUGAUCCUAAUACAGAAGUUGUGACCACGAUCGCCGUCAACGCACCAGAAGAUCCCGCAAUGUACAUGGAUUUGAACUCGUCUCUCCCAGACAACGGACGUUUCAAUUUUCUCGAUUCCACUUUCUUGCCAGUGCAUAGUCUACAAAAUGGUGAGAAUCUCGCCACGACGUCCGUCAAUUCAAUGCCCGAUCUCUGCAUUUCGGACAAAAUCAACACGAUUAAAAGACCGAGCAGCACGGACAUUCUGCUGUCGGAAAGCAGCGAUCUGAACGAUUGUAAGGACCCGUCGGUGUCUUCCAAGCCAGAGUUUCUCAGCAUCGCCAUUGUAAAGGGAGCUAUGGGAUUCGGAUUUACGAUAGCGGAUUCUGCUCAUGGCCAGAAAGUCAAGAAGAUUCUGGAUCGUCAGCGUUGUAAGAACUUAAUGGAAGGCGAUAUUCUGGUCAAUAUAAACGACAUCAAUGUCAGAAACAUGUGCCACUUGGAGGUAGUGCAAGUGCUGAAAGACUGCCCACGCAGCGAGGAGGCGUUGAUACACGUUCAACGAACGACAACAAAGUCGAAAGAGAAAAAGGAGAAGAGCGCGCAGGACUUUUUUAGAAGUAAGACACCCACCGCAGAUAUCUACAGCACUCAAUCGAAAACGGUAAUACCCAGCAGGCCGAAAACACCGUUGAUCGACACGAGAAAUCGACCCAAGUCGCCAAUCAGCGCGAAUAGAUCGAACUGGAACGAAGUGCAAGGCGAAAACGAAUUGAAUCCGCUGGAUAAUCAUUACAAGUAUUCCGAUUAUUCACACGGGAUGUACUACUCGGAUCCCUACAAAGCUAACAUCACAGCCAACCUGUCGGACAAUUUCGCGGCGAUGAAUCUCGACGACGAUUCCAUCAGGAACGUUCCGAAACGUGACUGGGUGGCAAACGACAAGUUGAAUAUCAAUAACGACAUGUACUCUAUCGACAUCUCGCAUCAUAAUAAUAUGCUCAAGCAGAACGGAUACAUGCAUUCCGACUACUACAAGGACGUUUAUCCAGUUCAAUCGCAUUCCCAGUACAAUGAAGAUUACAAUAUGUAUUCCAUUGGACAGGAGCAGAAUGUUGACACUGGCGAGAUCUGGGAUAAGCGGAAAGAGACCACCAGCUUCGAACACGAACAACCACAUUCCAGUUCCAUAUCUCGAUAUCCCCAAUAUACGAAUGAAUUGGUUUGUCCAAUGGUACCCGAUAUAGAAUGGAUAGAAACUUUAGUGACUUUAGUGAGACAAGAUACGGGAUUCGGAUUUAGAAUAGUCGGUGGUACGGAAGAAGGAUCUCAGCAGGUUUCGGUUGGUCAUAUUGUUCCUGGUGGAGCGGCUGAUCUUGAUAACAGACUCAGUACUGGCGAUCUGAUUAUGUCUGUCGAUGGAGAGAGCGUCAUGAAUUCUUCGCAUCAUCAUGUAGUGCAACUAAUGAUAGCGGCAGCGCAAAACGGCCGAGUGACUCUGGGAAUACGACGUCGAAUCAAUACACAGGAACAUCUUCAAGAGAAUCUUCAGUCAUCUUACGGCCGACAGAUGAAUCUUCAAUAUCCAUACGAUGUUACUGUUACUCGAAUGGAAAAUGAAGGAUUUGGUUUUGUGAUAAUCUCCUCCGUCAACAAAGCCGGCUCCACGAUCGGCAGGAUAAUUGAAGGCUCGCCUGCCGAAAGAUGCGGAAGAUUAAACGUUGGAGAUCAUAUUCUCGCUGUCAAUCAUAUAGAUAUCACGAACGUUUGCCACAAGGAUAUCGUCAAUUUAAUUAAAGAUUCUGGAUAUUCCGUUACAUUGACGAUCGGAUAUCCGUUAGAUGAUUGCUGUAGCAAUACAUCUCUUUCUCAAAAGGACGAGCCUACAGGAGAUGGAGAUGGAGGUCAAUACCAUGCUGUAGAAUUAACUCGGGGCACUCGAGGUUUUGGUUUCAGCAUACGUGGGGGCCGUGAAUUUCAAAACAUGCCGUUAUUCGUCUUGCAAAUCGCAGAUAAUGGCCCAGCAUCUAUUGACAACCGACUUAGAAUUGGCGAUCAGAUAAUCGAAAUAAACGGUAUUAAUACCAAAAAUAUGACGCAUACAGAAGCGAUUGAGAUUAUACGUAACGGUGGACCAUCUGUCCGUCUCUUAGUACGACGUGGCUGCCAGAUGCCUUCAGUGAGUAAUCUCACAAUCGACCAAAUAAGUAUUCGACCGAACCACGAGGGCACCCCGUGCAGGCAUUUAUCGAAAUUACCCGAGAGGGGUGUGCCCCGCAAAAAACGUCAAAAAGUUCGAUUUUCCAUUUCAUUGAACUGCUGCUCAUCCAAAAACAGAUAUUUGUAAUAGGCGCUUUCAACGAGACGCUUU